AUGGGGAAACUCAUUCGUCUGGAGCUUUUCAACUUCAAAUCCUAUAAGGGACACCAUACUCUGCUCUUCGGAGAUGCAUACUUUACCUCGAUCAUCGGGCCGAACGGCUCUGGCAAGUCGAAUUCGAUGGAUGCUAUUUCCUUCGUACUGGGAAUCAAGUCAUCUCACCUGCGAUCAACCAAUCUUCGCGAUCUAGUUUACCGUGGCCGUGUCUUGCGCACUUCAAAGGUCGACGGAGAGCCUGAAGGCAAUGGACAGGAUGGUGAACAAGAGGAACCGGAGACCAUUGAUGCCUCCCAAGACGCCGCUGGAAAUGACCCCAAGUCCGCUUGGGUGAUGGCAGUCUAUGAGGACGAUGCUGGUGAGGAGCAGCAGUGGAGUCGAUCAAUCACUAGCCAAGGUGUCAGCGAGUACCGCAUCAACAACCGCAUCGUCACAGCUCAACAGUACAACCAAGCCCUCGAGGAGGAAAACAUCUUGAUCAAGGCUCGAAAUUUCCUUGUGUUCCAGGGUGAUGUCGAGGCUAUUGCGUCCCAGUCACCCAAAGACCUCACUCGCCUCAUUGAGCAGAUCUCCGGCAGUCUGGAGCACAAGGCUGACUACGAAAAGUUCAAGGCUGAGGCAGAGGAAGCCGCAGAGCAACAGACCGUCCAACUCAAUCGCCGACGAGGCAUCAACUCCGAAGUCAAGCAAUACCAGGAACAAAAGCGAGAGGCGGAGAACUAUGCGAAGAAGGCCGACGAACGCGACCAAGCUAUCAUCACGCAUAUUCUAUGGAAACUGUUCCACUUCCAACGGUUGAUUGACGACUCCAGUGCAGACAUUCAGAAAUACCACGACGAACUAAAGGAGUAUCGCCGUGGCGUUGACAAGUACGAAAAGAAUGUCGAAGAGGCCAAGAAGGACCAUGCUCGAGUUGGCAGGGACGUCGGCAAAGCCGAGAAGAACAUCACCAGGAAAGAGAAAGAGAUCGAAGAACUCAACAACUCCCUUGUACCUGUUGACGAGAAAAUCGACGUCACGCAGAGAAACGUUGAGAGAUUCACUUCAAGGAUUAACGAGAUUGACAAGGAGCGCACAUCCCAAUCGAACAAUGGAAAGCAGCUAGAAAAGGAUUUAAAGCUCGUCGAAAAAGCCCAGGCUCAAUGGGAAGCCGAAUGGCAGAAGCUCAAAAAUAAGAAGGGUGGUCAACUGAGCGACGCGGAUCAACAAGAGUACCAUAAGCUCCGCGAGGAAGUGAACCUCCGCUCAUCUGCCGACUCUCUUAAUCUUGACAAUCUUCGCCGACAGCGAAAGACCGAGGCCGAAGCGGUGAACAGUUUGAAGGACAGAUUCGAAAGCACUGAGCGUCAGCUCAAGUCCGUGGAGUCCGACGUCCAAAGCAUGGGCGAGCGCAAGUCUUCUCUCAAUGGCACGAACAAGUCAACUUCCAAGGAUAUCGAUCAUAAGAAGAAGGAGCUGAACGCAUUAACAUCGGAGCGCUUAAAGGUGUCACAAAUGCGCACUGAAUUAGAAGAAAAGCUUCAGGUCGUGCUGCGCAAGCUCCUUGAAGCUGACGAUGGCAAGAAGCAGACCGAACGUGAGCUACGGGCGAAGGAGUUGAUCUCAACUCUGAAGCGUAUCUUCCCAGGCGUCAAGGGUCGUGUCAGUGACCUUUGUCGGCCGAAGCAGAAGAAGUACUCAGAUGCAGUGAGCACAGUGCUUGGUAGACACUUCGAUGCCAUCGUGGUCGACAAUGAGAAGACCGCCAAGGAGUGCAUUCAGCAUCUCCGUGACCAACGAGCGGGCCAAGCUACUUUCAUCCCCUUGGAGACCAUUCAGGUGAAGGCUUUCAACUCAAACCUGAAGGGUAUGCACAAGGGCAUGCGACCUGCCAUCGAGACUGUGGACUACGAUGACUCGGUUGCUCGCGCUAUCAGCUACGCAUGUGGAAACUCGAUUGUUUGUGACGAUCUCGCGACGGCCAAGUAUCUCUGCUAUGAACGUAACGUGGAUGCGAAGGCGGUCACACUCGAUGGAACUGUCAUUCACAAGGGUGGUCUUAUGACUGGUGGACGUGGUCCUCAACAGAACAACUCCAAGCGAUGGGAGGACUCUGAGGUUGAGAACCUGUACAAGUUGAAGGAAAAACUUAUGCACGACCUGACAAACCUGCCAAAGAGCCACCGUCGCGGCUCAGAAGAGGAGACGCUUCAAGGCGAACUCGUUGGGUUGGAGCAGCGUCUGAGUUAUUCCCGCGAUGAGCUCAAGGCUCUCGAGAGAAACCUCGAGAGCAAGCGCAGCGAGCUGCAAUUUGUCGGUCAGCAGAUGGAAGACCUGCGUCCUAAAUACACUGAGCGCAAAGAAACUCUCGACGAACUUGACGAAAAGAUUGAGGAAUUGCAGGCCUCAGUCAGCACUGUGGAGGACGACGUCUACCGCAAAUUCUGCAAGCGCCUGGGCUAUGAUGAUAUCCGGGAAUACGAAGCCCAGCAAGGGUCUCUACAAGAAGAAGCUGCCCAGAAAAAGCUCGAAUUCACGACACAGAAGAGCCGCAUCGAAAAUCAGCUUAGCUUUGAGAAGCAGCGCAUUCAAGCAACCGACGACCGAAUCAACGCCCUCAAAGCCCGACUUGAGCGUGAUAAUAGUCAGAUCGAGGAGCUGCAAAACCAACAAGAAGAGAUCCGGACUCAACUUGAUCAGUUCGAAGCCGAACUUGAGCUUCUUCGCGAGGCACUUGAAAAGCAGAAGGAGGUCUAUGCACAGUCAGCAGAGACCCUGGCUGAACAACGUCGUGAACUCCAGAAGCGCAGCAGGCACGUCGAGACUGCUUUGAAGAAUGUUAGUGCCCUGGAGGCUGAGAUUCAAAAGAACUCCUCCAGCCGUUAUACUCUUCUGCGUCGUUGCAAGCUUGAAGAUAUUGAUAUUCCUUUGCUUGAUUCUUCCAACGGCCUCGAUAAGCUCCCCAUCGAUGAUCUCAUGCAAGCCGCAGAUCCCGAUGCAAUGGAUGUGGAUGAGGGAGAUGGACUCGAUGAGGGCCCUGUGGUACACGACUAUGGUAUCGAGGUUGACUUUGAUGCUCUCGGCGAAACAUUGAAAGAGGAGGCGGAUGAUAAGCUUGAGGACGAGCUCCUCGAGAAGGUUCGCGUGCUGAACAAUGAACUUGACAAGAUGGCACCUAACUCCCGCGCCAUGGACCGACUCGAGAGUGUCGAAAACAAACUCCGCAGCACCGAAAAAGACUUUGAGGAUGCUCGCAAGUCUGCAAGAAAGGCCAAGGACGAGUUCGAAGCCGUGAUGAAGACUCGAUCCGACCUCUUCAACAAAGCAUUCACCCACAUCUCUGAGCACAUCGGCCCUAUCUACCGUGAGCUCACACGCAGCGCCAAUUACCCCCUCGGAGGACAAGCAUACCUGGACAUCGAGGACUCGGACGAGCCCUACCUGGACGGUAUCAAGUAUCACGCCAUGCCUCCCCUCAAGCGUUUCAGAGAUAUGGAGCACCUCUCCGGUGGUGAAAAGACCAUGGCCGCCCUCGCUCUGCUGUUUGCCAUCCACUCAUACCAGCCAUCGCCAUUCUUCGUGUUGGACGAGGUGGACGCAGCCCUCGACAACACCAACGUCGCCCGCAUUGCGAACUAUAUUCAUGACCACGCCGCCCCUGGCAUGCAAUUUAUUGUGAUCAGUCUGAAGACAGGCCUGUUCCAAAACAGUGAGGCGCUGGUCGGUAUCUACCGUGACCAGGUUGAGAACAGCAGCAAAUCGCUGACUCUUGAUCUCCGAAAAUACACCUAG